UGAAUAAAGCUAAGGGGCAUUUCUGCACGUUACAAAAUCUUCAGAAUUCAUCUUCAGUAGCAUGGCCAAGGAAGGAGGUUCUAAAAUGAAGACAAUUCUCCAGAGUGAGGCCCUCCAGAAGUACAUCUUGAAUACUAGCACAUACCCAAGAGAGCAUGAACAACUGAAGGAGCUAAGAGAAGAGACUGCCAGCAAAUAUGGUGCCAGGGCUUUUAUGGGUGUGCCACCUGAUGAGGGGCUCUUCCUGUCCAUGUUUUUGAAAGUAAUGAAUGCCAAGAAGACACUGGAGAUUGGUGUUUUUACUGGCUAUUCUCUUCUUACUACUGCUCUUGCACUUCCUGAUGAUGGCCAGAUAGUUGCAAUAGACCCUGAUCAAGGAGCAUUUGAAGUUGGUCUGAAAUUCAUCAAGAAAGCUGGUGUGGAGAACAAAAUCAAAUUCAUCAAAUCAGAUGGCAUUUCUGCUCUAAAUGAUUUGUUGAACAAUGAAGCCAGUGAAGCAACAUUCGACUUUGCAUUUGUGGAUGCAGACAAGCCAAGCUACAUCCAGUACCAUGAACAACUAAUCAAGCUGGUGAAGAUUGGAGGAAUUAUCGCUUAUGAUAAUACUCUAUACGGUGGAUAUGUUGUCAGUGAAGAAAUUGAAAUGCACGAAAGAUCCACUGUCAACAGAAAAGCCAUCAUACAAUUCAACAACUAUGUAGCCUCGGAUCCGCGAGUUGAGAUCUCUCAGGUUCCUAUAGGAGAUGGUGUUACAUUGUGUAGGCGCAUCAUCGCCUAGCUGACAUGACAUUUUACAUGAAUUUUAUUAGUAGUGCAAUUGCUACAGCUUACUUGGAUGGUUUGCUUGGUCAUAAUUACUUGAUGUUGUCCCAAUAGCAUUGGGCAUAAGAAAGAUUUCUUCUCUGAACAACUUUCUUCCUUUUUUUUUUCUGCAUUCAUGCCUCUACAUUAGGAAGCUACCAUUAGACCAUAUCAGAAGAAUACUUCCGUGUGAGGUUAAUGAGUGGUGAAUUAGAUCACCUUUGUCGUAGUUCAAAUGUUGAUACUAGGCAGGGUAUAGCUAGCGCCAGCCCAAAAGGAGUUUGGUUGCUCGUGCACUAGCCUCCAAAAUUUAGAAAGGACUUGGGUCACUUGUAUUAGUUGUCUGCAUUAUUAUGUUAGAUAAUAUCAGAAAUCUAUCCUGAGGUUUC